AUGAUUGAUGAGUUGUUAACGCAAAAGCAAUCUAGAGAUCAAGAGCAGAAAAUCUUAUCCAUGAAGAAGUCAAUGGAUUCUACAUUUGUUGGGAAGAUAAGGCGAUUCCGCCCACCCUCAAACUUCAGCCAGCCUCAGUUCAAAGAAUUUUUUGACGGCAAGAAUGGGAAUCCGGUGGAGCACGUCCAGCGUUUUCAAGCCUCGAUGAGUUUGUGGGGAUACAGUGACGAACUACUUUGCAGAACUUUUCCAAUGACUUUGACGGGUAAGGCUCUAACUUGGUUCUCACAUUUAGAGUCUAAUUCAAUCAAGGAUUUUGGAAUGUUGUCGGAUGCCUUUUUCGAGCAGUACAAGAUUAAUCUCGGGAGCAAGAAGGGAAGCAGUCAUUUAUUCCUCUUGCAUAGGGAACCUGGCGAAAGUCUAGGUGAUUUUAAUAUAAGGUUCCGUCAGGAAGUAAGCGAAGUUGGAAAAGUUGAUGAGAGUUUCGUGAUAGAAGCAUACAAAAAUCCAAUGGAGUAUGAUGAAUUUAGAAUUUAUAAUUCAUUAACAGUCCAACCAGUUGGAAGCCUCAGAGAGUUGUAUGACAGGUCUGAUAGAUAUGCUAAGGCAGAGAAAGAAAAGAAAGCAAAGUUGUCGCGAACAACAAGAAGGAAAAUGGUCGAGGGACCGGCGAAACCGAAACAACAAUUUGAAGGUAAUACCAAAAACAAGAGCCAUGAAGGUCCAUAA